ACGUUCACGUAUUUUGUCUUUCAAGAUGGCGACUUGCAUUAACACAACACUCAGGUUGUGCUGAACUUGCCUAAGUGUUACCAUAGUUGUAUCAACAGGUUGUGCUGAACUUGCCUAAGUGUUACCAUAGUUGUAUCAACAGAAUUCCUGCACAUGUUUUUUUUUGGCCAAUGCCUUUUUUCCCUGUACAAUAAGUGAGUUAUUGAAUAUCUCUUUAAAAUUGUAUAUAAUUAGUUGAAGUUGGCAUCAGUCUUUUAUUAUGUCAAACAACGAACCCAAAGACUGGACUGCUCACAGUCUUGCUUCUUGACUUUACUGACAGUCAGAGGAUAGCACAAACAAGAAAGAUAAUGUUGCUGCGUGUUCUGCGAAGUGCUUUAGUGCUACUGUCCUCAGCUGUUGUUAUCCCUUACACUAUUGCUAUAGUUAGUAAUAUAUUGCACGGUUGGCCGCAGUCUAAAUAUAAGUAUAGACGGGCUUUAAGCCCAAGAAAAGUAUAUGGUCUAAAUUACGUCUUAUUUCAAAUGUUGAGAGACAAAACAAAGUUUUUGACACUCUAUUUCAAAUGGAGGAAAUUCUACAAAAAGGCAGAUCCUAGCAAGCUGUAUAAGAACAUUGCUUUUGGUAGAAAUGAUUGUACUCUGGAUGUGUAUUUGCCUGGGCCGAGGGAGGCAUGUGCCAAUCUACCAGUGGUUAUAUUUGUGUAUGGAGGGGCAUGGAGCAGUGGAGAUAAAAGCUCUUAUGGUCUUCUGUGUUCUAACAUUGUGUCACACACUCAAUCCAUUGCAGUCUGUCCUAACUAUUCAACAUACCCUAAGGGCUAUGUCGAUGAUAUGAUUCAAGAUAUUGUUGACUGUAUCAGCUGGGUGAUUGAUAACAUUCAGGACUACGGUGGAGAUAAAAAUAAAAUCAUCCUGCUGGGCCACUCGGCAGGGGCCCACCUGUCAAUGAUGGCCAUCCUAGAGCUGCUGCAUGAUGAGAGGCUGAGUGUCCAGCCGUCCUUCAAGUUUACACCAGCUGGGGGACCGCUAGAGUUGCUGGACUUUGCUGACUCACACUACAAUGUUUUAGACAGGAGGAGGGAGGGGCUGGAGGACAGCUCGGGCUCCUCCGAAUCAUUUGCUGUUGUUAGUGAAAACGGCUCUUCUUUAGAACAGUCAACUGUGGCAGAUAGUGGCUCCAAUCACUUCAGUAAUAGCAGCUCUUCUCAUUCAGACAGUAAUUCAUCCCAAGAGAAAACUAGAUUUGAGACAGAGAAAAGCUGUGUUAGACUUGAGACAGACAGCAGUGCUGGUGGAGACGCAGAAUGUCUGCUAGAGAAAUCACAAGCUGCGGAGGCUGUAGCAGAGGAUGAAGCUGUCAAUGUUGAGGCAAGGUCCAGAAGCCACUCUGGGAGUCAGGGUGAUGAUGAAGAUGAUGAAAGUGGAGAUAAUGAUUCUGUCAUAACUGUACGACCUAAAGACAUUGAUAGACACGCCACCCUUGUUGAUAUGUGUAAAGCAGUCAAAGCCUUUAUUGGUUUGGCUGGGGUCUAUAGCAUUGGAGAUCAUUUCAAACAUGAGUGGGGGCGUGGCAUAGAAGAUAUUUCCUGUAUGUGUCGAGCCCACUAUGGAGAAGAUCAUUUUGUUCGGUUUUCUCCAAAAGAAAUCAUUUUAAGUUUGGGUAGAUGCUUAAGUCUGCCGGUCAUGGUGUUGGUCCACGGCGUUAACGACUACGUGUCUCCCAUGUCAGCCAGUACCAGCUUUGGACAGGCCUUAAGUGAGAUCUCAGCCAACGUUCAGGUCAAGCUGAUCCCAGAGUGUAACCACUACCAAGUCUGUCUGGACCUCAUGGAUGCCAACUCCACCUUCUACAGCCAUGUCAUGGGUACCAUCAUGGAAACCAUCCGGGCAGUUUCUUGACAUGGACACAACCUUGUUACCAUCAUGGAAACCAUCCGGGCAGUUUCUUGAUAUUGUCUCCUUACUUUACAGUUUGUGUCAUUUCAUUUGGCACUUGGCUUUUGUGAAGGAUGUAUAAAACUUUUUUAGACAUUUUUA